GUUCCUCAGCGGCUAGAAGUGCCCAAUUGUUUUUUUUUUUUAAGGCGGGUCUAGAGGCGACCCGGAAGCGGAAGUCGAAGAAAGUUCUAGUGGCUUGAGGUAUCGGCGGGAGCGGCCCAUUGGAGAGAGCAGCCGUUACAGGAGCCGGAGCUGCCUAUUAAGCUCGAUCAAGAUGACAACCUCCCAAAAGCAUCGAGACUUCGUGGCAGAGCCUAUGGGGGAAAAGCCAGUGGGGAGCCUGGCUGGGAUUGGUGAAGUCCUGGGCAAGAAGCUGGAGGAAAGGGGAUUUGACAAGGCAUAUGUUGUCCUUGGUCAGUUUCUGGUGCUAAAGAAAGAUGAAGACCUCUUCCGGGAAUGGCUGAAGGACACAUGUGGCGCUAAUGCCAAGCAGUCCCGGGACUGCUUUGGGUGCCUUCGAGAAUGGUGUGAUGCCUUCUUGUGAUGUUCUCUGGGGAGCCCUCUAUCCCCAGCCCCAUUAUCAAGUCUCCAGAGUUUGCAGCUGAGUGGGGGCUCCUUGUCCUCUACAAAGGAAAAGAUUGCUGUUGUCGUACUCCAGGGUCUUUGGGAGUUCUCUCCCCUCACCAUUUCAAUCUUUUU